CCGAACGGUUUUGGAGGAAGGCCUCUCUCUCUCUCUCUCUCUCUCUCUCUCUCUCUCUCUCUCUUCUGAGAACGGGAGAAACCCUGAUGAUGAACGGCGCAGAGAAGGAAGGUAUCGCCAGAAUUGUUGGAGACCCGGCGGCGGAGACCCGGGUCUCGACACCUCCUCCUCCGCCGCUCUUGCAAGCCCGCCGCCUCCACAACUUCUCCUUCCCGACCCUCAGCUGGGGAGGCCAGCGCUUGCUCCGGUGCUCCAAACUCCCCGACCCCGUAACCUCUGCGGAUAUUGCCGAAUCGGGCGAUCAGAACCAUCGGACUGCCCGGAUUAAAUCUUUCCCGCCGAGGCCGUACCCGUGCGAUCACGAUGAGAGGGAGGAGGAGACGAGAGGAAGAGAGGCGGAGAAGACCUCCACUUGUGCUGCGGCGACGGCGGAGGCCGCCAGACACUGGAGCUUGAGGACGAGAAGUGCGGCAUGCAAUGCCCCAGCUGUGGGGCGGCCCGGGAUUAAUGGUUCUUGUUAUAAGGCUCUAGUGGUGAAGAAGGCUGAUCCUCCAAGGAAUGUGGUGAGGCUGCGAUCUGAUGAAUCAAAGAAAGGAGAGAUGACAAAGUUCUCGAUCUCGCUGUCUCGUGCGGAGAUUGAGGACGACUUCUUUGCCAUCAAGGGGACGAAGCCCCCUCGAAGGCCAAAGAAAAGGGCUAAGAUUAUUCAGCGCGAACUGGACUCACUUUUCCCUGGUUUGUGGCUGUCAGAAAUAACUCGGGAGACGUAUAAAAUUGUCGAAUAAGGUGGAACGUAAUUCUUUAAUGGUCGGACAUCUACCUACGACAACAGGGAAAAAAAGGUCUUCUUUGCAUUUUUUACAUCAAUUCUUCAAAUUGAAACCUCAAAUGUAAUUCUUUUCUUUGCAGCAGUUGGACAAUUUGAUGAAGAAAAGUGGUCUUCUGGAGGAAAGAUACAAGCUUAUCAAUUGCUGCCGGUUACUGUUUCGUCUAAUCAUGGCCAACUCAGUUAUGUAUCACACACCCCGUUCAUUUGUAAAUUGUAUGGUUAAAUGUAAUGAACAAGUGUGCAUUUUAUCUAUGUUAAAAGGUUUAUUCUUUACAUUGUUGUCCAAUUUGAUUUCUUUGCUGAGUUUCUUUUGAAUUUCAGAGAUUUUUUUCUUAAGUGAAAAGUACAAAAAUAGCUAGGAUAAGAUAAUAUAUUCGACUUCUUGACUUGUUUCUCAUUAUACGAUUAUAUCAGAAGAGGCACAGAAAUCAGGAAUGAGGCCAUCAAGUGUUCAAGAUAUUAACUGAUAGGGGAUAUGUCUUCUGGAAGAUCGAUCUUCAGCAGCGAGAAUGUAGUUAUCUUUAGCUAUAUUUCUCUCCUUUCAGACACUCAGCGAGAAUGGAAUUCCAGUUCCUGAAUUCCAUUGUUCUCUCCUGCAAACUGAAAUAGCUUAAGACAUUGUCCUGUAAUUUCUUAUGGGCAUAUAUGGAAGUAAUAUUGCAUGAAGGAUUGUGAACUCUGGAAGUUACUUUGAUCAGUGGUAUUGUAGUUUUUCUUAUCCUCUGACUUUUUUGUGUCAGAAUCAUAGGUAAGAUGUACUUGGAACUUAAUCGCUUCUUUGCAUUGCCUCUGAAGUUUCAUUAGAUCAACAAACAAACAAUAUGUGCAGCAUGUAGAAGCCAUCAUGAUGGUUCUUGAAUUGUUCUUCUA